ACACAUCCAGAAUGUUACAGAGUAAAGAUCUUGUCGUGUGUUUCAUCUUUCUAUCUAUUUUCGUGAAUAAUGCAAAAUGCCAGGAUAUCGAAGAAAUGUCUAAGACAUUGGAUAAAAUACUUGGUAAUACUAGAUCAUUUCGACGACCACGGAAUCACGAAGACACAUCGUCAAUUUGGCAGGAAUAUGAAUUUGGCACUGGGGCUGGAAAUCGAGAAGAAAUUAUUGUGACAAAUAUUUCAUUGCAUAAAUUCAAUAUGCCCGAUAACAUUAACUGGCAAGUUUUGCAAGCGGAAACUACUUACUUUAUUCGUGCUGAGAAUUCAACAUUGUUUAUCUAUGAAAUUGUGUUUGAUGACUUGUCAGUUGAAUAUAUUAUGAAUAUAAUAACUUACGGACAUAUAUUACAAUUUAAAGUUCUUAAUUUAAAUACCGAAGAAUCUAAUGAGAGUCAUAUUAUCAAUUUAAUGAUAGUUCUACUGGUUGAAUUUGAACAAAGCUAUUAUUUGUAUUGGUAUAAAAUCUUUGGAAAUACGUAUACAUUGUAUUCGACAUGGCCUAUACAAAAACAAAUUCAAGACAUGGAAUUUGUCCGAGAAGAAGAUCAGUAUGAAUUAUUGCUACUCAACAAUGAUGUAUAUCUCGAAGGACAAUCAAUGAUCGAUAUUUACGGUUUUAAUAUUGAUUAUAAUAGUCAUCGCAUCAAUAUGUGGCUUUGUCGGCGAUUAUUUGUUCCAAGAAUAUUUGAUAUUCAAAUCUGCUCGAUUUAUGGACGCUCCGUGUUGGUCUUUCAAGGAAUUGAUAACAUUGUUUUAUACAAAUCGAAAAAUGAUCAUGACUUAUGCCAGUUUGAAAAGUUUGAAACUAUUACAUCUAACAAUCUUACAAAUUUUGUCUGUUUCGAGAGUGGUUAUAUCGAAUAUUUGGCAAUUGGUGGAAAGAAAGCACAUUUACUUCGCUUUUCUGAAAAUGAAUUUCAAAAUAACGUUGAAACGGAUCUGCAUUUCAAUGACACUACUGAGAUUGUUUGGAUCACCACUAUGCCACUGGACACAUAUCGAGAUGAGUCAUUAUUAUUGGUUCAGUUUAAAAAUUUAUCAGUAAUAGCUUUGGCUUGGCAAGGAUCAAUGUUUAAGACAGUAAUUUUACCUAAUCAAAUUUUAAAUAAUUUUGAUCUGUCAAAAAUCAUCAUUAUUCCAAAAAUUGGAUUCAUUCAUGCAAACGUAUUCGUACGUAUAGAAUUAGCAUUGAACGAAUUAGAGCAUCCUGCCCAUAACGAAACAGAAAGCAUGUUAAAGACGCAAGCUUUGUUGGAGGAGGUUUUUCGAAAACAGGAAGUCGUCUUUGACGAAACUCAAGCACGUUUGAAUCAAAGUUACUUUAAAAAUUCUAUAUCAGGAUUUUGGAAUUUUUCAAAAGUGGAUGCGUCGAAUGCUACAAUCGAAAGCAACGUAAAUUAUGAAGCUGUCAAAGUCGGUUUAAUCGAUUUAAAAGUGGAAGAUAUGUUGAUAAAUAUAACAUCAAGUUUAAAGAAACUAGAAGAAUUUGAAACGAAGCUUAAUCAAAUUUUAUCGGAUUUGGAAAAUAUAACUAAUUCGAGAAGAAUUAACUUGUCAUCGGAUAUUGAAUUAACUGGAGAUUUUCUAGUGACUGGAACUCUGCAUGCAAAAAAUAUAACUGCUGUUUUUAUAAAUAAUGCGUCAACUUCAAUUGCAGCAAAUAAUAUUGUAAAUUAUGCUUCUAAUAUCAUUAUCGAUGGCCAAAAACCUUUUCUCUCUAUUGACACUGAUAACUUGACGAUUUUUUCCUUGAAUGGCAUUCCGUUAAAAGAUAUUGUUUUUGAUACAUCAAUCAAAAAUUAUAAUAACAUUGAUUUUUCGCAAUUCUAUCGAUUAAAAAUUAAUGGACACUUAAACUUUUCUCAAAUAAAUGAUGUUAAGUGGAAGAAUCUAAUGCAAAGUAUAGUAUGGAAAGAUAAAUCAAGAAUUAUUCCAGGAGAGACAGUUGUGGAAGGGCUUAUUGCCGAUGAGGCUAAUAUAAAAAAUUUGAAUGAUUUACGAUACCCAGAAGAUUAUGUGUUAAAUAGUAAUAGAGAUCCCAUCAACAUUACGGGUGAAAAAUACUUUGUCAAUCUGUCUACAACAGAUUUGUUGGGUAUCAAUACAAUAAAUAAAAUAAAUAUUGACGAUUUCAUUAUUCUUAGCAGACACGAAAUCAUUAAUAAUGAAAUUACUUUUGAGAAUUUGGAAGUUGGGACUUUUCAGAUCGAUGGCAAUGUGACGGGUAUUGAUAUAAGCAAUAUAGAGGGGUUAAUCAAUGAAACCAAUAGGCUUUCAUCAAAAAUUAUUUUUGAAAAUCUGACUGUUAUGGGAAACAUUAUACUUCAAGAUUCAAUUAAUGCUAAAAUGUGGUCAGAUUUUGAUGAUCUUUUGUUGAAAACUGAUGGAAAUGCAUUAAUUACUGGGAAUAAAAAAUUUUUGAAGGGCAUUCAUGUAAAUUCUAACUUAACAAUUACAUCCGGACAAAUUAAUAAUCACUUAUUCUCAGAAUUUGUAACUCUAAAUACUGAUCAACAGUUUCCUCAUUUGAGAAAAAUAUCGGCAAAUGUCAUAUUUGACAACGUAACAUUUGGCAUGAUCAAGAAGUUAGAAAAUUAUAUAAUCCGUGAGCAAAAUGUUGCUUCUGCUUGUCUAAACAAAGUAUUAUUCUUUAUUAAAUCAUGUAUCAUUGAUAACUUGUCUUUUAAUACUCUGAAGCAUAAUAUCACGCAAACUACUUUCUUUGACAAAUUAAAUCAAACUUUCCAUAAACUGCAUUUCGAAAAUUUAACACUCUCAACAUUAAUAGCCGAUGAAGUCUUGCCGAACAUGAUCAAUUCUAUCAAUUACAUUGAUUCCACUAAACGCAUCUUAACAAUCUCUACGCAACAAAAUUUGACAGGCACUUUAAUAAUUGACAAUUUAGAAACCGAUGUCUUGAACGCGGAAAUCAUCAAUGGAAUGUCAUUAAAUAAAUUAAAUCGAUUAUUAGAACAUGCAAAAACAUUUUACGAUGAUAUUUUCAACGGAAAUACGUCGAUAAAAUCACUUAGAGUGACAGGAAUGUUAACAGCAUCUUUAAUUAAUGAGAAUGACAUCGUUGACGUUUAUAAAAAAGAUCGCAUGGGAACUGUAAUUUUCAAUGAAAAUACAUCGAUUAAAGACCUAACAGUGAUCGGUUUCGUGAAUGGUUUAAAUCUGUCUGAAUUUAUUAUUGACGCUGUACAGAAAACCGACAGAAAUAUUACAUUUGUAGGCUACAAAACAUUCGAAAAUGUUACAUGCGAGUUUUUGAAUGCACAAUUUAUAAAUGGACAUUUUGUCGAGAAUAUCUUAGAUCCUAAUAAAAUGCAGACACUGAAAGGACCAGUUGUUAUAAACGGCUGGGUCGACGUUUUAAAAAAUUUCAACACAACUGGCAAAAUUGGAAAUGUACCUUUACGUAAUUUCACAAAUAGAUUUAAAUCACUUGGAAAUAAUUCCUAUGCUCUUCGUGGUAAUUUUUAUUUCAAUGAAACCGCUUCCAUAACAAGACUGAAUAUAAGUGGAUUAAUUCAAAGAUCAAUGUUUAAUAACUUUUUGAAGACAGUUAUCUUUAAAAAUGAUAUAAAUAUUGCACUAUCUGGAUUGAAAAUAUUUAAAAGUCCAAUUACUUUCAACAAUACAUUCAUCAUUGAUGGCAGUUUAAAUAAUUUAGAUUUGAAUAUAUUUCACAAAAAUGCUGUUUAUAUUGAUGAACCUUUUUCAAUUGAUAUUAAAAUUAUAUUUAAAGAGGAUAUUUACAUACAAAAAGCUCUCGUAGUAAAAACAGAAUUACAAUCAAAUACCAUCAUGAAAGUCGAUAUGCAAGAUUUACAGGAGAAUGUUAUUGCUCUCAACGAACUUAAUUAUUUUUCAGAAAGGAUUACACUCGAUAAUGUGACUUUCAAAGCAAAUUUAAAAGUUGAACAAGUCAAUGACUUCAAAAUGGAUAUGUUGAUUCCAUUGCAUACGAAACAGUCCAUCAUGGUUGAUAGACUUCAAUGUAUUAAUGCCACCGUUAAAAACAUAAAAAUAUCAGGACAUAUUAAUACCUACUAUUUAGAAGAUAUUUAUGCAAACACUUUUUUGAUAUACAGCAAUCAAAAUAUUUCGGGACAUAUAAAGAUUCGGGGAAAUGUUUAUGCAUAUCAUGACUUUAAUGCACACCUCAUCAAUAGAUUUAAUCCUAAACGAAUUAUUUCUUUAAUUACCAAUGACACUUUAACUGGAAAUUUUAUGUUUAAAACUCCAGUUAUCCUUAAUAAAAGUCUGAGAAUUUUGGGUCUUCUGAACGGAAUAAAUCCAAUUAAUUGGCAAGGCAUUGCAAUUAAAACAACAGAGGCGAAACAGAUUAUAUCUAGGAAAUGGAAAAUAUAUGGAAAUAUCCAUUUCGAAAAAAAUAUUGACGGAAAUGAGUUUUUGAAUAGAGUUAAUGUCACGGAAAUAUCAAUUGCUUCAUCACAGGAACAUCCUCAAUUAGAUCAAAUUAUUGAUGAAACAUAUAUGGAUCUAAAUAACGUAUGUGCAUUGCAUUUAGACAUGCUUAAAUGCAAUGCCAUAAAUCAGAUAUACAAAUUCAAUACUUUUGAUUACUUAAAAAUUCAGGAAUUCGAAGGAGAUAUUCAUGAUAUCCGUACUAUUGAAUUAGAUGAUUUCGAUUAUAUAUUAGUAAAUUAUGAUACCUGCCGUAUGAAACUUAUACUGUAUACUCACGCUGAUUUUCAAGUAGUCGACGAAGUAUCCGAUGUUGGAUUAAUUAAUGAAUGGAUCUUUUUUAAAUUAAAUCACCCUUUAUACUUGCUUACCAUCGCAAAACGUACCUGCGGUAGAAGCAUCAGUAAUAUAUGGAAAUUGGAAAAUAACAGAUUACAGCAUGUAUUAGAACUUGGUAAUGUUAGCGAUAUUAUGGAUUUAUAUCAAGAUAUAUUUGUAGCAAUGACUCACGAAAAUUUUGAAAGUGCUCCAAACAAGAUUCCAUCAGAUAUAUUAAAGAAUCUCAUUUCAUAUAAGAAUGAGAAUGAAAAAUUAAAAUUAAAUUCAAAUACUGAUCCAAUUGUCUUCGUUAAUCAAUCCUUAAUUUACGAAUUACAAGGAAAAUCUUCAAACGACACACAUCUAAAAAAUUGUCUCGAUUGUGACAUGUUAAAUUUUAAAGUAGGUAUUUAUGAGAAAGAAGAAUUCUUUUACUAUAACAAAGAAGUCAGCCAGAAUUAUAUAUUUUUGUGCAAAAAUGGCAUCUCGCAAACAAAGAUCUUACAGAUAAUAAAAGCACGUUUGCCGAAAUCAUUUUUGAUUCUGAAUUUCGAUGGACUUGUCGAAACAUUGUUUAUUUUUGCAGAAAAUAAUGAUGCUAUCCAGAUUUAUGAAUAUAGAGGUAUCGAAGGUUUCAUGCAUAAAAAUGUUAUCAAAAUUAAAGUCGAUAAGUUAUAUAACUUUAAAAUAAGAAAGUACACUAAUCUAGAGAAAAGACAUUGUUUGGCUGUAAUACACAAGAAUCGAUUAACAAUCUUGGAAGCAAAAAUGUAUGGUGAAAAGUUAGAUUUAAGUACUCCAGUUAAAAAUGCCUGUUACACAAAUACUAGUAAAUUUAGAAAUUGUGAAUAAAUAUAAAGUUG